UGAACUCAGAUGGACCGCGGAAAAGAGACUCGACUACGUUCACAUCGUCGCGUGACCACUGCCGCAUGAUAUAGAACGAGACAGAAGAAGAGAGAGGAAGAGAGGGAGAUAGCGAGUUUUGGCCGAUGGCGGCUGUCAACUCGCAGAACUCAGCCCUCGCACGGACGGUUUCUUGGAAAGUCUCGCUUGUCCCGGGCCGAAAAUAGCUGGCGCGCGCUCGCGUUGAAUGCGCGCGGCACGAUUUACAGGACCGCGCGACUGAAGAGGAGCCUCUUAUAUGACAUCGGGCAAGGAGACAAUGGGUGAACAACCAAUUUUCAUGUGCAAAGCACAUGUAUUUCACAUUGAUCCCAAGACCAAGCGGUCUUGGGUACCGGCAUCGUCGGCAGCAAUAUCAGUAUCGUUCUUUUAUGAUUCCACCAGAAGUUUAUAUAGAAUAAUCUCAAUUGAAGGAACAAAGCCUGUCAUAAAUAGCACAAUUACUCCAAACAUGACUUUUACCAAGACAUCGCAGAAAUUUGGCCAAUGGUCGGACGUUAGGGCAAACACUGUAUAUGGUUUGGGCUUCGCAUCCGAGGCUGAAUUAGGAAAGUUCAUUGAAAAGUUUCAUGAAGUAAAAGAAGCUACAAAGUUGGCCAAUGCAAAGUUACAGUCAAAUAGUUCUUCAGUCACGCCAGCUACCAGCGCGAAUGUCAGCCCAAUUACAUCCCGAUCGGGUGUGCCAUCGUCAGAGCAGGACCUCAUAGACCCACCGAAUUCUUCGAUGAUUAACUCCAAUGUGUCGUCGAACAACCAAAAUGCGAAUGUCAAUAUGAUCUCUGCUCAGAACAGUGUAUCUUCGGUAAGCAGCAGUCCUUUACCUGGUAGUUGUCAGAAUAAAGUGGACGACGAAUUGAAAAACGCAGUCCAUUCAAGAUCACAGAGUGUUUCUCAGAGUACAGAAAGCCCGCAGCAUCAAGGGAAAUCAGCGCAAUUGAGUUCAACGCAAAGCGGACAGUCGGCCGAGGUGCAACUUAAGUAUGAGAAUGACAGGCUGAAACUGGCUCUAGCUCAAAGUUCUGCUAACGCUAAGAAAUGGGAGGUUGAAUUGAAUACUCUUAAGACCAGCAAUGCAAGAUUAACGAGUGCGUUACAGGAAUCUACAGCUAACGUUGAUGAAUGGAAGAGGCAGCUACAAUUGUACAAAGAGGAAAAUGCCAAAAUAAAACUUAAAUAUGCUGAUUUGGAAGCUGGUAAGAUCGCGGAGGGAAAUAGCGAAGCGCUAAGAUUGAGAGUCGAAGCAUUGGAAAAUGAGUUGAGAACGCGAAACGAAGAAAUCAAAGCUCUCACUAUGGCCACUAAAAAUAAGGAUUUUGUGGCUUUACAAAAGGAGAACGCAGAACUCCGCGAGAUGUUAAAUGUAGUUCAUGAACAAUUGGAACUUGCGUUGAGUGCAAAUAAAGUUCAAAAACAAAAUUUGGAUACGUUAAACGCCAGAUUAGCUGGUUACAUACAGGAUUUGGUAACGGUACAUCGAGAAAUCACAAAUACGCUGCAGACUUAAGUUUGCAUAGAAGAAACCUAAGAACGCCUCUCUUAGGUCUUUUGUAUUUAUUAUAAGCGCGAUGUACGAAUGGACGAUAUAGAUUAAUAACAAAGAGAGAAGUUCCGAGAACAAAGAAAUCGAUUAAUCGAGCAGAAAAAUAGAAUACUGAGAUAAUCGUCUCGAAAAUAGUAUACUACAGAAGAGAUUGCUCCCUGAUCAUGUAUUUAAAUUGAAUUGAUCUGUUUUUUCUUUAAAGAUAAGUUUCGUGCCAUAAUCAUGCUAUUGUUAUACAGAAUAGGACACUAACUUUACCACCUGUUUUUUUUUCUUCUGAUAUUUUACACGUCUGCAUGAAAUAUAUAAUUUUAGAUGCGAGAUAUAUUAGUAGGUUAAUUUCGCAUUUUAAUUUUGUUUUCAGAAAUAUAAUGAUUGGUCUUACAAGAAUUAAAAGAAAUUCCGCGCUUUUUUAAAACGAAAAUUUUGAUGGAAACUGACUUAAUGCUUAUCCGGAUUAUCUUUUCCUGAAUAUUGCAUUAAAUAAAAAGUUUCUUACAUUUUAUUUAUAAUCCGCGAGAUAUAGUAAUAGCUCUAACAAUUAUAUUAUUAGACUCUCAUUCCAGAACAUAGAGUUUCUCAUUCUAGAUACAGUAAUAGUCAUUACUGUAAUAAUAUCGCAAUGGUUAUAAUAAUGCAUUCGUAACCGCGUUCUUAUUUGUAACUCUCAACGACUGAGAAUUGAAAGUGCCGAUCUUUUAUAUUUAUUCUUCGAUCGAUAUAAUUUAUUCUAAUAUUAUCGAGAUUAAUCUUAUCGAGAAAAUCUUAUAUAUUUCGUAAAAUAUGGAUAUUACUAACAGAGAGAGACUACUUCUCAAUGAGUCUACAAGUGAUUUAAUAGAACUCGGAAUGAGAGCCUAAUGAUUAAAGUCAAAUCAUGUCAUAUGUCGACCAGAUACUGAUAGAUACGGGUAAUAUGUAAAAGAGAUUAUGUGCGAACACUGGAAUAUAUUUAAGUAAUUUAAAUAUUUUAUAUCAGCAGAAAGUUUUUGUUAAUAUUCUUGACAUUUUUCAGAUGUUACUUACAAUGAAUACAAGAAUUUAAAACUUUCUGUUAUACUGAAUGGUAUUUAAAUUGAUCGAAUCUGUUCGAGUGUUCAAAUAUAUUUAUCUCUCUAUGGAUAAUACAGGGUGUCUAAAAAUAUACGGUCAAACUUAUAUAUUGUAUUAAGAUGGUCGAGCAUGUGAAGACAAUUUAUAUUAAACUUGUCCAGAAAUGUACUUUAUAUUAACAAAUUACGAGAGGUUGAGAAUUUCCUAGCAAAACUGUUUUCAUCGCUUUCUCAUAGUUUUUUGUCAUGAUAAUUAAGAAGCAAAUGCAUGUCAGUUAUUGUUUAAUAUUUCCGCAUAAUAAUAAUUACAUUUAUUUAAAUAAGACAUUACAAAGAUCCAAUAAAUGGAUUGUAUAAACUAUAGCAGACAAAUAAUAUGCUUAUAUAUAUAAAUAGAAAAGAAAUAUGGACAAUAAGAGAAAUCAAUUUCAAGCAAUUUAUAUAGGGACGAA